GCUCGGGAGCCGCGCAGUCCGAUUCCUCCCGCGUCCGUUAUGGCAUCCCCCAGGGAAUUGACCCAAAACCCCCUGAAGAAGAUCUGGAUGCCGUACAGCAAUGGGCGGCCCGCCCUGCACUCCUGCCAGCGCGGUGUUUGCAUGACCAACUGCCCGACGCUCAUUGUCAUGGUGGGCCUGCCAGCCCGGGGCAAGACCUACAUCUCCAAAAAGCUGACUCGCUACCUGAACUGGAUUGGCGUGCCCACGCGGGAGUUCAACGUCGGUCAGUAUCGCCGGAGCAUGGUCAAGACGUACACGUCUUUUGAGUUUUUCCUGCCAGACAAUGAAGAGGGCCUGAAAAUCAGGAAGCAGUGCGCCCUGGCAGCCCUCCGUGACGUCCGGCGGUUCCUCAGUGAGGAGGGGGGACACGUGGCGGUUUUUGAUGCAACAAAUACGACCCGAGAACGGCGGGCGACCAUCUUUAACUUCGGGGAACAGAACGGCUACAAGACCUUCUUCGUUGAGUCCAUCUGCGUGGAUCCUGAGGUCAUAGCUGCUAACAUCGUGCAAGUGAAACUGGGCAGCCCCGACUAUGUCAACCGUGACAGUGACGAGGCCACAGAGGACUUCAUGAGGCGCAUCGAGUGCUAUGAGAGCUCGUACGAGUCCCUCGAUGAGGACCUGGACAGGGACCUGUCCUACAUCAAGAUCAUGGACGUGGGGCAGAGCUACGUGGUGAACCGAGUGGCUGACCACAUCCAGAGCCGCAUCGUGUAUUACCUCAUGAACAUCCACGUCACCCCCCGCUCCAUCUACCUCUGCCGGCACGGGGAGAGCGAGCUCAACCUCAAGGGCCGGAUCGGUGGGGACCCCGGACUGUCCCCGCGGGGCAGGGAGUUUGCCAAGAGCCUGGCCCAGUUCAUCAGUGAUCAGAACAUCAAGGACCUGAAGGUUUGGACCAGCCAGAUGAAGAGGACAAUCCAGACGGCCGAGGCCCUGGGCGUGCCCUACGAGCAGUGGAAGGUCCUCAACGAGAUCGAUGCGGGCGUCUGUGAGGAGAUGACCUACGAGGAAAUCCAGGAACAUUAUCCAUUGGAGUUUGCCCUGCGGGACCAGGACAAGUACCGCUACCGGUACCCCAAGGGGGAGUCCUACGAGGAUCUGGUGCAGCGACUUGAGCCUGUCAUCAUGGAGCUGGAGAGGCAAGAGAAUGUGCUGGUCAUCUGCCACCAGGCAGUGAUGCGCUGCCUCCUGGCCUACUUCCUGGACAAGACGGCAGAGCAGCUGCCCUACCUCAAGUGCCCGCUGCACACGGUGCUGAAGCUGACCCCUGUGGCGUACGGUUGUAAAGUGGAGUCCAUAUUCCUGAAUGUGGCAGCUGUGAACACGCACCGGGACAGGCCUCAGAAUGUAGACAUCUCGCGGCCUCCAGAGGAAGCCCUUGUCACGGUCCCUGCUCACCAGUGACCCCGUCUCAUCCACUAUGACCCCUGGGCUGGUGUUGAUCUCUGCAGACAAGGUCAUUCCAGGCCCCCCAGUCCAUGUGACAGUCACCAUGCAGGGGCACCCUUAAAGCCAUACAUUGCUGGUGGCGCCCAGAACCCUUGCCCCAGUCCACCUGCCUCCUGUUGACAAGGAUGGGGUUGCGCCCGACCCGCUGCUAAACAUCACUCGGCCAGACCGUGCCCGCCCCAAGGUGGCAAGAAUUUUCCCAGCACCUUCUUUGGCGGCUUUCGCGUGAUCUCCCUCACCGUCAGGCCGGCACUGUGAAGUGGAAACCCUAAAAUGUGAAGCGGGGUGUUCCUCCCAUGGCCAAGCUGCCCAGGUGCCCCUGGGGACCCCUGCAGGGACCCUGCUAGCCUGUCUGCGGCCAGUUCCGGAGCCAGAGGCGCGAGAGGCGAGGUCCUCAUGAACUGCCGAGCCCGGCCGCCCUUUCAUCAUCGCGCCCUGCCCGGGGCCAGAGAGCUCCUGCCUCUGCGGACACCGGGAGCUGCCAGGCCCUUGUGUCAGAGCCGCUCAGGAAGGCAGUGGGCCCACGUUGGCACAACGCGACGUGCAGGAGUGUGGGGAGUGCGGGGAGCCCAGCAUCUGCGGUCACCCUUCCCGUCUGUGCAUACACUGGAGUAUUUUGGCAGCUGGCGGCCAGGCCCCGCUUCCUGACAGCUCUCAGUGAGGCCAGGGAAAGACGGCUUUGGCGGGGGUGGCGGUGCUGUAGGAGCCACCUUCCCAGUGCACCUGCGGGGAGGCUGCCGUCCCAUCUGCUACCCCUCCCUGCCACCCCGCCCACCUGGCCGCCUCUGGCCCUUGCUGCCUGUGCCCCCGCAGGAGUGCGCACAGGGCAGGGACGUGCAUUUGCUGUGAGUGAUCCGGAAUAGCGGGCUGUGGUCCUGUAAAGCCCGGCCUGGCCUUGGGUGGCCUCCACCCGAGGUGCUUGCUGAGCAGGGGGAGGCCGGAACCUGGAGGCAGCCUUCUGGGGCGGGGGGGACUUCCUCAGACACAUCACAGCUUUUGGUUCACGUGCACAGGAGCCUGUUGAAAAGGACCUGGGGGUGUCAGCCACGUGUCACACCCGGGAGCUCUGUCGGACCCAGAAAGGCAGGCCAGGCAGCAGGUCUGGCCCCAUUUUACAGCUGGGAGGCGCCAGCAGGUCGGAGGUGGGUCGGAAGGUGUCUGGAUCUGCAGUUGCAUGCCUGCUGUCCACGGGGGACCUGGGUGAAGCCACGCCCCGGGACCCCAGGCCCCUUGGCCCCUGCAGCCUCCCCUAGGCUGUGCCUGGCGGGUGGCCACCUUGUGUGCUGCGGCAGCUGUGGACAGACGUGGUGGGGAGACGUCCAGGCGGGGCCGGGUGGCGUCCUCCUGGACUUGCCGCCAGUCAGAGCCCCAGGGCCGGAAGACCAAGCCACAGCCUUUGGGACGGGGGACUUCAGCCCUUGCUCCUGUGUCCACCGGAGUUUUGGUGCCGUGGUCACGUGGACACACUCACUUGUUAGCCACAGUGGGCGCCUUUGGUUAGAAACACAUGCAUGUGGGUGUCACCACCUGUCCAGGGCCUCAGGCUGGCCGAGGUGAGACCAGCGAGGCCAUUUCGCCCUGUGCCCAGAGGGGAGUCAGGAGCUGUGGGACCUGGGGGUGUCCCAAGGCCUGGGCCUGGGAUCCCGCCAUGGACUUGGGCAGCCCUGCCCACCUCUGCCUGGGGUGGCUCCCUGCAUGGGCCACCGCCUGGCCCCAGGUUUCAGCCAGGACAAUUGAUGUGCUACUGUUGUGUUUCCCUGCUCUCCCUGGAGCAGGUGGUAGGUCUCAGCCAUAUGUCACACUGUGUCCAGCGUUCUUUGCAAUAAACACAUUAAAAAAAAUCCUAAAGUUCUAUCCUGUGACCAGCUCCGCGGGCCCCAGGCUGUGGCCCCUAAGGGGUCCGUGUUGAGA